CCUGCACUUGUUUAAGCCUUCCACACUCACCUGCCUAAUCCGCGCUCUUCUCCUGUUUUGGCGGCAAAAUUAGAAGAAGCCAGGGAUUUGGGAUUAGGGCUCUCUCUCUGAAAUUCAUAAACAGUCUCAUCUAGUCUGAAUUAGGGUUCCGAUGGAGGCCACAACUCCUCCGUCCGACUCGCCAUCCAUAAAACCCAUAAACAAGUCCGUCGUCCACAGAAUCUGCGCCGGCCAAGUCAUCCUCGACCUCGCCGCCGCCGUCAAGGAGCUGGUCGAGAACAGCCUCGACGCCGGCGCCACCACCAUCGAAAUCGCCCUCAAAGACUACGGCAAGGAGUUGUUCCAGGUCAUCGAUAACGGCUGCGGCAUCUCGCCGAGCAACUUCAAGGUCCUGGCGCUCAAGCACCACACUUCGAAGCUCGCCGGAUUCCCUGACCUCCAGUCUCUGACGACCUUCGGCUUCCGCGGCGAGGCCUUGAGCUCUCUUUGUGCCUUGGGGAACUUGACGGUGGAAACCAGGACCAAGUACGAGCAGGUCGCCUCGCACUUGACUUUCGACCACGCCGGCGUGUUGGUGGCGGAGAAGAAGACGGCGCGGCAAGUGGGGACCACAGUGACGGUGAAGAAUCUGUUUGUGAAUUUACCGGUGAGGUGCAAGGAGUUCAGUCGCAACAUUCGGAAGGAGUAUGGCAAGCUUGUUUCUUUAUUGAAUGCCUAUGCUCUUAUUGCGAAAGGGGUUCGAUUAGUGUGCACGAAUGCUAUAGGUAGAAAUGCAAAGUCUGUAGUGCUUAAAACGCAAGGAAGUGGUUCACUGAAGGAUAAUGUAGUGACAUUGUUUGGGAUGAGCACUUUCAGUUGUUUGGAGCCGGUGAGUAUAUCUGUUUCGGACAGUUGUAAGGUGGAUGGCUUUCUUUCCAAGUCGGGACAGGGUAGUGGUCGGAACAUGGGAGAUAGGCAGUUCUUUUUUGUGAAUGGUCGACCUGUGGAUAUGCCGAAAGUCACAAAGCUUGUGAAUGAGUUGUAUAGAGGGGCAAAUUCCCAGCAGCAUCCCAUUGCCAUAUUGGAUUUCAUUGUUCCAACAAGAGCGUGUGAUGUCAAUGUUACUCCUGAUAAAAGGAAAGUGUUCUUUUCUGAUGAGAGCUCCAUACUGGUUUCCUUAAGGGAGGGUCUGCAGCAGAUGUAUUCCACUAGUAAUGCUCGUUAUUCUGUUAAUAAACUGGAGGAGCUUCCCAAAGAAGCAAGCAGGUCUCAGUUAUGCUCACCAGAUCAAAGGUCUUGUAAACGAUUAAAUAGGGAUGAUGAUGAUGAUGUCCCUGAAGAAGUUUGUGCUGUCGAUAAAGCUGAGGAGCCUACUAAGGAAGGAGGCAGGUCCCCAUUCUGUUUUCCUGGUCACAGGUCUCAUAAGUUUUCAAAACAGCCAUCUAUAUAUUCUGUACCUAAAGAAAUUAUUCCUGAGGAUUGCUCUCCAGAAGGCGACGCUCUUCUGAAAGCUGUGGAUACUGAUUCUGAAUCUACUCAUGAUGAAGAAGGGUUUACCCAUGAAAAUUCAAAGGGGAAGGAUUUCGCUUUAAGAGUACACAGCAUUAAGAAGUCCCAUGGAACUAGUCAAUUGAGAAAGAAUCUCAGUAGUAUGAAAGCUGAUCAAACUGCAGUGAGUGUAGAUUCAAGUGGUCGCUCAAGCUCUGUACAAGCAUCACUUAAUGAGUUUGUAACUGUAACUAAAAGAAAGCAAGAUAGUAUUAGCUCAGUCUUGUCUGAAAUGCCUGUCCUAAGGAACCAAACUCUUCAUUCUGAAUCCAAGAGUGAUUUUGUUGAUGCAGUUUCAAAACCCCUACUUAGUCAUCACCAGAUUGAUGAUUCUAUUGAAGUUGAUAAUCGUUCUGAAGUUUGUGAGAAUCAGCCAUCCAAGUAUUUUAGAGCGGAUAGGAUCCUCAAUAAAAUUAGAGUUCCAAUUUCUCCUGGAAGCAAGACUGAGGAUGAAGAACUUGGAGACGUAAGUCGUGAGAAUCAGUCAUCCAAGUAUUUUAGAGCAGAUAGGAUCCUCAAUAAAAUUAGAGUUCCAGUUUCUCCUGGAAGCAAGACUGAGGGUGAAGAACUUGGAGAAGAUUUACAGGCUCAAGAGGAAACAGUGACUCCUGUUGAUAUGAUACCAACUGCUUCACCUAGCAGGGAUAUAAAUAUGCCUGAAGAUCUUCCAGCUGCAUCACCUUCCUCUUGUAUAUCUUCAAGCACUCCAAAGCCUUCUUCUGAUAUAAUGAUGUGUUCAACCUUGACAUUUAGUUUCCAAGACCUAAAGACAAGGAGGCAGCAAAUCUUUUCUAGAUUGCAAUCAAGCCUACCUGGAGUAAAAGCACAAAGGUGCUAUACAGCUGCAACACUGGAGCUUUCUCAACCAGAAAAUGAGGAGCGGAAAGCAAGGGCCUUAGCUGCAGCUACCACAGAGUUGGAAAGACUUUUCCGAAAGGAAGAUUUUGGUAGAAUGAAGGUGAUUGGGCAAUUCAAUCUUGGCUUCAUUAUUGGAAAGUUAGAUCAAGAUUUAUUUAUUGUAGAUCAGCAUGCAGCUGAUGAGAAGUACAAUUUUGAGCGUCUGUCACAAUCUACCAUUUUAAAUCAACAGCCUUUGCUUAGGCCAUUGAGGUUGGAGUUAUCCCCCGAAGAAGAAGUUGUUGCUUCAAUGCACAUAGACAUAAUCAGGAAAAAUGGAUUUUCCUUGGAAGAGGAUCCACAUGCUCCACCUGGUCACCAUUUUAAAUUGAAAGCUGUUCCAUUCAGCAAAAACAUAACUUUUGGAGUAGAAGAUGUUAAGGACUUGAUUUCCACUCUUGCUGAUGGUCAUGGGGAAUGCUCAAUCAUUGGCAGUUAUAAGAUGGACACUGUUGAUUCCGUUUGCCCCUCCAGAGUUCGCGCAAUGCUGGCAUCACGGGCAUGCAGAUCAUCUGUUAUGAUUGGAGAUGCCCUUGGAAAAAAUGAGAUGCGGAAGAUACUUGAGCAUCUGGUCGGUCUGAAGUCUCCUUGGAAUUGUCCUCAUGGCAGGCCAACCAUGCGACAUUUGAUUGACUUGAAAACCAUUCACAGAUCUGAAGAAAACGAUGAUGCAGAGUCUUGAUGAACUUCCCUAACCUUUUGAGGCAAGGCCAAACUUAUCAUGUAUCGACCUCAUAACUUUAUGACAACAGUACCCCCGCCAAGUCUGGCACUUCGGAAUUUUGUAUGCAUAUUUGGGGGUUGGGUGAGAGUCUGAGACACUAAGCACUUAGGAAGCUCCUCUGUAAAUGAUUUAACCCUGUACCUUAUUUAUAGUUAGGCUGGAAAUUUGUAUGGUCGGGUCUGUACACUUUCUUCGAUUAAAAGUUACGUGUUCUAA